CCGUUGUUGUACGUUGACUUUCAAAAUCUUUGUCUUUGUCAAAUUUUUUCCACAUAAUGACGUGUUUUUCUUUUUCCUAUCUGUUUCCCUCUCACAUGGUCUCAUAAUAAUAUCUAUAUAUACAAUGCAUAAUCGUCUCAUUACUAAUAUAUAUAUUCAUCAAAAAAAAAACAACUCGUUAGUUGCAAGAAGAUGGCUGAUUUGGAUUUGGAGAGGAAGAUGGUAUCUCCCAAGAACCUCCACGUCACCAUCCCGGAGCCUUUUGACCUCUCCGUCUCCUCUAACACCUCCUCCUCCUCCGCCGCCUACGAACUCUACCUCCGUUUGCCGCAACUCAAAACCCUCUGGUCCUCUCUUGACUUCCCUCAAUGGCUCUCCGAGCCACUUCUCAAACCAUCUCUCCAGGCUCUUGAGAUCACUUUCCGUUUAAUCUUGACCGUUGCUUCCGACACACGUCCGUACAUAAACCGCCGCGAGUGGACACGACGGUUGGACUCUCUCGUCACAAGCCAGAUAAAGAUCGUCGCGUCACUCUGCGAGGAAGACGAUGAAGAACAAGUACCGGUUACCAAUGUCUGGAGCUCGACGAGCUUGCUGUCGGAGAUCGCCACGUGUCAGACAACGGAUAGCAUUGGUCGGAAGAUCUUGUCUACGGUCGAGAACGAAAUGCGUUGGUGCAGAUACACACUCGGUUUAGGUGAACCGAACCUUGCAGAUAAACCGUAUCUCCAAUACGACGCCGUUUGCCGCCCGGAAGAGCUACAAAAUCUCAAGAACAACCCUUACGCUGAUCAUAUAGAGAAUCAAGAAAACCAAACGCUCUACACUAUUCACCAGGUUCUUGAAUCUUGGAUUCACGUCUCACUGAAUCUCCUAAACCGAAUCGAAUCAAGAAUCGACGAGGGGAAGUUCGAAAAGGCUUCUUCCGACGUGUACUUGCUAGAGAAUAUAUGGAAGCUUCUGGCUGAGAUAGAGGAUCUACACAUUCUGAUGGAUCCUGAAGACUUCUUGAAAGUCAAGAAACAGUUAAAGAUCAAGUCUACAUCACAAAACGACGCGUUUUGCUUCAGGUCAAAGGGACUAGUUGAAAUGGCCAAGAUGUCCAAAGAGCUCAGACACAAAGUGCCAGCUGUACUCGGCGUCGAGGUGGACCCCACCGGUGGUCCGAGGUUGCAAGAAGCGGCGAUGAGGCUUUACUCGAGGAAGGCUGAGUACGAGAAGAUACAUUUGCUUCAGGGGAUGCAAGCGGUUGAGUCAGCCGCCAAGAGAUUCUUCUUCGGGUACCAGAAGAUGGCGGCGGCGAUGAUGGGAAGCGCGGAGGCUAACGCUAACAGAACGGCGGCGAGUCAUCAUCACGAGUCGUGUGACUCGUUGACUCAGGUGUUUAUGGAGCCAACGUAUUACCCGAGCCUAGACGCUGCAAAGACUUUCAUAGGAGAGUUCUGGAGCAAUUUGGUUUCUCGACACUAACACAACACUAUCCAUUUAUAUUGUAACACUAAGUGAAAUUUUUUGAAACAUGUGACGAUCAGUGUAUGAAUAUAUAUAACUCAUUUUUAGCAUGAA